AAACAGCCAUAAAGAUAGAAUAAAAACACAAACACCCUCCCAAAAAAAUGGCUAUGGGCAAGGGAUUUCGGAUUUACGAGAAGUUAAAACCACCAAGUCCUCACUCUCUUCUACUUGAGCAAAGAAACCGCAAGGAUACCGUCCUCUUCGAAUCCCAAGCAGUGGCAGUCUUGUCUGCCCAAGAGACAGAGUCGCUCAAGUCUCAGUACGUUAAACUGUUGGAUGCCUAUGGGUGCCUGGGUGUGCUGCAACUGAAUGCCGGGGAGAGUACUUUGCUCUAUCUAGUUCUUGUUACGGGCUGCUUCUCUGUGGGAAAAGUUGGAGAGUCAGAGAUAUUUCGCGUUACGCAGACGCAUUUUGUACCACUGCACUAUGUCCAAGGUAACGAAGACAGGAUUUCAGAGGUCAGAAAAGUCCUCAACUCCGGCACAUUUUACUUCUCAUGGAGUGCUGGCCAGCAAGAAGCCCUGGACAUAACACUCAGUGCCCAGAAGCGCUACAAGUCCAGCAUUACAGACAAUAGAUUCUUUUGGAAUCGAAUGCUGCAUAUCCACCUACUCAGAUUUGGAGUCAACACUGGUCAAUGGUUGCUAAAAGCAAUGUGCGGGAGCGUUGAAAUUCGCACUGUAUAUGUAGGGCAUCGGCAAGCCCGCGCUGUUGUUGUGUCCAGAUUGAGCUGCGAGCGUGCAGGAACAAGGUUCAAUGUGCGAGGCAGUAACGAUGAUGGACACGUGGCAAACUUUGUGGAGACGGAGCAGGUGAUAUACUUAGAUAACGAAGUGACUUCUUAUGUUCAAACACGUGGCUCCGUUCCACUUUUCUGGGAGCAGCCUGGGGUACAAGUCGGUUCUCAUAAGGUGAAGAUAUCUCGUGGAUUUGAGGCCUCGGCACCGGCAUUCGAGCGACAUUUGUCGAUGAUAAAGGAGCGUUAUGGACAGCAGGUUAUCGUAAAUCUACUGGGAUCUAGUCUGAUCGGUAGCAAAGAGGGUGAGGCGAUGCUGAGUAACCUGUUUCAGCGCCAUCACAGUGUCUCAAAACACCGCGCGGACGUUCCUCACAUUCUGUUCGAUUACCAUCAAGAAUGCCGCGGAGGAAACACCAAGAAUUUGUCCAAGCUGAAGUCAAAGGUCGAGAAGUACCUCAAAUCUUAUUCCCUCUUCUACGCCGUUGGCACUGAAGUUGUAAAGGAGCAACGAGGUACAAUCCGCACUAACUGCCUCGAUUGUUUGGACAGGACAAAUUGUGUACAGACGUUCUUUGCCAUGGAAAUACUCAGCGUCCAAUUGGGCCUCUUGAAGCUUAUGGAAAAACAGCAGAUGGUAUCAAGGUUUGAGGAAGUAUUUCGGCAGAUGUGGAUAAACAAUGGAAAUGAAGUUAGCAAAAUAUACGCUGGCACGGGCGCCAUUCAGGGUAGUUCAAAACUCAUGGAUGGAGCACGAUCCGCUGCAAGGACGAUACAGAAUAAUCUGUUGGACUCCAGCAAGCAGGAAGCCAUUGAUAUUCUACUCCUCGGUUCAACUCUGAACACUGAACUCGCCGACAGAGCUCGCCUUUUACUUCCGGCCAAUAUGCUUCAUGCCCCUCCUAGUGUACUCCGAGAAAUGUGCAAAAGGUACAACGAAUACGUUGUUUCCAUGAAUCUGCGUGUCGGUGUUGGAACGUAUAACGUCAACGGAGGCAAACACUUUCGCAGUGUUGUUUACAAGGAUGUUUCUUUAGCUGACUGGCUUCUGGAUCCAGUCCGCAAGUCACCUUCUCUAGUAAGUGUGAAGCACGACAAUGUUCCUGUGGAUAUAUUCGCGAUAGGGUUUGAAGAAAUCGUUGAUUUGAAUGCUAGUAAUAUCAUGGCAGCAAGCUCGGAAAACGCGAAAGCAUGGGCUGAAGAAUUGCAGAAAGUUUUAUCUCGGGACAACGAAUACGUUCUUGUAACGUUCCAACAGCUGGUUGGGGUCUGUCUCUACCUCUUCAUUCGGCCCGAACAUGCACCUUACUUGAGAGACGUUGCUGUCGAUUGUGUGAAAACUGGACUCGGUGGAGCGACGGGUAACAAAGGCGCCGCAGCCAUAAGAUGCGUUCUUUAUUCGACAUCUCUCUGCUUCGUAUGCGCACAUUUUGCCGCUGGUCAAUCUCAGAUAAGCGAACGGAACGCCGACUAUGCUGAAAUAACGCGAAAAAUCACGUUCCCCAUGGGGAGAACCCUCAAUACUCACGACUAUGUAUUCUGGUGUGGUGAUUUCAACUACAGAGUCGACAUGGAUAAGGAUGAAAUGAAGGAAAUGAUCAAAAAGAAUGAAUUCGAUCAGAUUUUGCAGUGUGACCAAUUAAAAAAUCAACAGGAGGAAGGUAACGUUUUCAAAAACUUUUUGGAGGGUCCAAUCACCUUCCCUCCUACCUACAAAUAUGAUCUUUUCUCCGACGACUACGAUACGAGUGAGAAAUGUCGACAGCCUGCUUGGACAGAUAGAGUGUUGUGGAAAAGGCGGAAACAGGUUCCCGAUAUUGAUUCACCAGCAGACUGGAAUCCUGGACGCCUUGUUCACUAUGGCAGGGCGGAAUUGAAGCAAAGUGAUCACAGACCUGUGGUAGCAAUAAUCGACAUAGACGUUCAUCAAGUUAACAUAGAGAAACGGGAACGUGUAUUCGAAGAAGUAAUCCAAGACCUGGGCCCCCCUGACGGCACAGUAAUAGUAAAAGCUGUAGAUGACGGCAGUGAGGAAAUGGACAGUGUAUUCGAUGACAGUUUCAUGAUGGCAUUGCUGCAGGACUUUUCACACAUAGGUGAAGUUAUUUUAGUCAGGUUUGUCGAGGACACAAUUUGGGUUACUUUUAGGGAUGGCCAGUGCGCCCUGGCUGCUGUGAACAAGGGAACAACCCAAGUAUGCGGUCAGACAUUGACACUGUCUCUAAAGUCACCCAACUGGGUGAGGCUCAUACAAAAAGAGAUCGAAAUAUGCAGCAAUACCACUGUACCUUACUGCAUGGACGAUACUCCUAUCGAUAGUCCAGUCCACCAGUUCGAAGGGCUCAAUUUAACUGAGCGAAAAAAUGUGCCGGAGCGUUACAGUCCCAAUGAGGUAAUUCCUCCGCCCAGACCGGCGCCCCCCGGUCGCCCUAUUCAACCUGGCCAAAGCCCAACUGUGGGAAGGCGCCAGGCACCCCGUGCCGGUGUUUACAGCGUUGUGCCUAAUCAGUUCCCGUCAUCUCGCGGCCAGCCUUGUAACCUGGAGUCAUCUGAACCUGAAAGACAAUCACCGGAGUCUGCGAUUUACGAGGAAAUUCAAGAUAAUACGCCGAGCUAUCCGAUUCCCAGCAGGCCUCCGCCACCCUUACCGCGUAUCGAAAGUCCUGAGGAUUUCGCAAACAGCGCUGUGGCCUCUCUGCCGCCUCCGCUUCCGCAAAGGCAAGCGGCUCAUCCACCUCCGCAGCAUCCGCCGCCAAACUUGCCAAUGAAUAUGCCACCUCCUGUUCCUGCAAGAACGACAGGAGGACCGCCAAUUCCAGCGCGGAAUCCUCAUUAGGUGUGAAUUGUUAUGUAACUGUUUGUAAACAAUAUUUUUCAGCCAGUGGUUGCUAUUUAUUGAUCAUUGAUUAUUUUUCGAUGAUGAAGAUAGAGACUGCGCUAUUGAAGGCCUAUUCGUGGUAAGAUCGUUGGAAUCAUUCGUGACCGGAUGUUCGAGUCGCUCGAAUUUUUGAACGGACAUUAGUGUAAAUAUUUAAGUAAGGGAGCAGGUGAUCCCUUGCUUCAAUAUAAUAAAGCAUUCACACGGGAAGAUAUACAUAUAAAAACCAUGCUCCACUGUGUGAAUUUUAUUUGAUUCCAGCAUCUCAGAUUGCAGCUAUGAAAACUGUACAGCAAUGCAGAUCGUGUAUGGCUUAAUUAUAAUUUUGUAUCUUAAUUUUUCUCCGUUAUUAUUUAUAAAAUUAACUUUAUCUAUUCACUCUGCCUUCUUUUUUACAGAAGUGAAUUUCCUAAACACCUGUAUACAUAACUAUAUCUUGCCCAAUUAAUGCUCCAAAAAUAGAGCUGAAGCCUCAAAGUCUUGAAACAAUUGUUGCUUGCGUUAGCUAUAGAUCAAGACCUCAGUAUUAUUUCUGUGAUGGUAAUCUGUUCUUAUAUCGCCUAUAAUAUGAACAAGAUGAAUAAUGGUACUCAAUCUUAUUGGGUUUAUACGAACACGCUAAUAAUUAGUAUAUUAGCUACGUUGAAUGAGGACAAAUUUGAAUUUUGAACUAUUUAUUAAGACUUGACGAUGUUUCAACGAGUCGUUGAUUUGCUAUAACUUGUUGUUCUAAAAGUACAACAGAAUACGUACAUUGUAUUAUUAGGAAUGUAAAAAAAAUUGUAAUGAUCAAAUUGAACAAAAAUCACUACUAGUUAUUGAACACGAACGUAAUAUUGUAUAUCUUGAAAGCAGUUCGAUGUUCGCAUAUAAAUAAUUUCACUACACAUGCAAUAUAGGUACAUAUAUGAUAAUACAGAUACGAAUAUAUAUAUUAUUAUUGUUAACUGCUGAUCGUUGUACGUCUCUCUUUGUUGUGCUUACCAAAUUAUUAUUGUAUAUUAGUACAUAUAAUGAGCUAAAAUAAUAAACCUGUCAAUGUUACUUGUUAGACACCUAGAGAUGAUUACUACAUUAGCGUUAAAGAGAUUGUUGAACUGACAGUGAGUAUUAUUAUAUUUAUUUUGCAUCAAAACGAGUUAUAGUUAUGUUAUGUAGUAGAAAUAUAUGUACACGGUGAUUAUAAAUAAAAUGUACAUGUUCAAAGUGAA